CAAAUGCAAGAAUAUGGUGGCACUUCGUCUAACAAGGAGUUCCGUGAAGGAGUCGAGGGGGCCAGGGACAGGACCACAGCCCACCAACCAGAGGGGUUCCAACCCUCGCAGCACCAGUACACCAUGAUCCAGCAGAAGGGAUAUGGAUGUGCUACCAAGGACCUUUCUGACCCAAAUAUGGCAACGUAUUGCCGAGUAGCAACGGGUAUAUACGAAGCUACCGCCUCUAAUCAGCAGUAUCAGAAUCCAAGAUACAACAACCCGUCAGCUCCUACCUUUAGUUCACCUCCAAAUUCACCUCUAGUUGGGCUAAUUUUUGACCCGUCCUCUCCUAACUACAGUGGGCCAGGUGUAUCGGGAGAAAGAGGACUUAACUCAAAUAGACGAUCACAAAGUUCUUGGUCAAUUUCCAGUCAAGAACCAAUUGGCACUGGAGCAAAGAAAAAAAUUGUCAGAAGUCAGGACAAACGAAACGCAUACAACUCUGAUCCUCGUUUCCACGAGAGAUAUAAAGAUAAUACAGAUACAGAACGUCAAAGGAAACAAGAUAAGAACUUGAGUUCAGAAUCCACUUCGAGCCUUAAUUUUUUUGUUGAGGGAGAAAGAAUGGUUUCUGAACUUUGUAAUAUACCUGAUUCUGGGUCGAGGCCCGAAUCUAAUGGACACAAGCAGAAGAACAAUUCAGAAGUCGACAAAAAUAAAGCACCUGAUUCCUCUGAUACUAUGCAGACUGUUUUGGAUAAAAUUAUUAUUCACGAUCAAAUACCUAACCAAAUUGUUCAGUUAGCAAUAGAAGCCUGUACUGAUGCCGAGAACAUAGCAAUCACACAUCACAACAGACCAUGUUUCAAAAAUAUACAUUCAAUUUGCGCCAAAACUAGAUCUAACGUACAAAAGCCAGACAGUGCUGUCCCAAAUUUACACUCUCAAGGAAUUCCAUGGGUAAUCAAAAAUUUCAUUUUUUCUUUUGUGCGCAUUUUAGACGGUUGGAAGGGAGCCAAAGAACUUUUAAGUGAAAAACAUGAGACAUUUUCUAGAAUUGAAAAUAAGUAUUACAGCCCAAAUAUUAGAGAAUGUUUUGUGCAAUGGCAAGCUGUGACAAAAGAAAUGUUGACGCAUAUGUAUAAAACAUUUAAGUGUCUUGAUCAUGGAUUUACCAUGGAACAAAAGAGUUUUACACACAAUUAUUAUGCCACUAAUUCAGCAGCUCCGAGACACCAAAAUCAGAGCAAGUUUCAGCAGACAAAGCCUCACGUAAGCACUCCGAGACCUGUGAAUGCGUCGCCUCAACCAUUUAAUGCAGUGCAGCCUCCGUGGGCUCAGAACCAAGGUCAAACUUCUACUCAAAGUUUCAGCGACAAUCAAUGGCAAUCUCGUUCGGCUGUCACAUACAAAAAGUUUCCUGUGAUUCCUCCACCAAAUUCUCACAAUUUUUAUCCACUUAAUGAUCAAGCUGAAAUUGAUAAUUACCAGAAAGCUCAUUAUAAGUGUGAUCCUUGCAGUGUACGUGAAGCAAAACCUAGGCAGUCAUGGACGAUUACGAAUGUCCCAGAUUUCAGAGCAUUAGAAAACAUGUGCCAUGCAGAUCAAAGAGAACUUUAUAAUCAACUCAAACAUAAGAUGGAUGCAGAACUUGGAAAAGCGCCAGGUCAGCCACUGAUAGGAAAUAUUCCAUGUGAUCUCCUGCAAAGAAGAGAAAUGGAACUAAAGGCUAAAAUGAUUCCUUUGAGUCAUGUUGAAAAAACAUUAAUACCAAGCAUGGCAGCGGCUGCAGAUAUGAGAGGCUGUUUUGUACAGAAAAAUAAUAGCGGUGGAGAUACAAAAGAAGAAACUGAUUUUUUUGCGGCGUGGGGUCAGAUGGUCCAAAAAGAACCUAAUGAUUAUAUAACUCAUCACUCUCACAACAUUCCAAUCCCAACAAAUGUUGUGACGAUUUCAAGUAAUAUUUCUGGCCCCGUGCAAUUUAUUGAUCCCGAAAAUGAUGAGUUUCAUGAGAUGUCUAAAGUUUAUAUGAAGCCUGGAAGUUACAAAGUGCCUAUUAAGUCUACAGAUCCUUUUAUGCAAGGAAAUUCUGAAAUAGUAUUUGACAACCCGGUGAUGGACGAGGUGUCAUCUUUAAAAAUAAAACCAGCUUUUCCACCCAUCACCCUGGCACCUCAACCAAAAUAUAAUCUCGAGUCAUGGCCUUGUAUGAUGCCAAGACGUGCUGAUGACAUGUGCACCGACGAGCAGAAGGUUAUAUGUCGACCGGGAAUUCCAAACAUUGAUAUGAGAGAUCCAUUUGAUAUUCUUUCUUGCGUGACAUCCGAUCGUGCUUGGGAAGCUGCCAAGGAGGCCGCACCAAGGUUGAUGGAUUUCAUCCAUGAAGGAUCUAAAUCUGAUACAGCUCGUUUGUAUGAUGCCUUAGGAUUGGGUUCUACGGGAGAAUACAUUGUAAACAUCAAGCAACCGAAACUGGGAAUGGAUCAGACAGAUGUGUGGGCAUCAGGUGUGACCUCUAAUAAUUUUGUUUCUAAAGAAAUAUCCACUAACUGGAGUCAAGAUACAAAUCAAGAGAACUAUUUGCUGCCCAAAGAUCAAGAGCAAUCAAUAUUCACUGAAGAUAUUUCCAAAUUACUUGAUUGUGACCCUAAACCUAUAGAGGUCGACGAUCAAAUAGAAGUGCUUGAAUCUGUCAAAGAUUUAAAAGAAAAUGCUCGAUGUCCCAACUUUGAUCAAACAGGAAAUUACGUAAGAGAUGAAAAUCAAAAGAAAAAUAGUGGAAAAGCUAAAGUUACCGCUUCAGGUAUGUGGUACCAUCCUAAAAAGAAGAAGCCAUUACCAUCAGCUACUACAAAAAAAUUUGAGUCCAUAUUGUCAACUCUGUCUCAAAUUAACGAAGCUAAUUUUAUUCAACAUGAUAUGGACAUUAAAGUGGCUCCAAGAUUUUACGAAGUAGUGAAGUAUCCAAUGUGUCUUCAUGAUAUCGCUACAAAGUUGAAAAAUUCUUCUUAUACUGAAUAUGAUCAAGUGGUUCAAGACUUCAGACGCAUUUUUAAUAAUGUUCGUCUAUACUUAAAGAGCUUUCCGGAUGCGAAUAUGAAAAAAAAUGUGAACAAAGUCUCUGCCGACUUUGAGAAAAUGUUAAACGACGAGUUUGUAAAAUCCGAAGUCAAGAUGAAGGCCCACGAAAAUAUGGAAUCUAAUUCUGCUUCGAGCAAGAAAGAGGGAAAGGAUACUGAUGCCAACAAAGCAGAUAUUAAAAACGAUGAGGGUAAUAAGAAAACAGCCCCAAAUGCAGCUACCAGCGAUGAAAACAAUUAA